CGUAUGGCCAGCUGGCGAGGCGACAGACCAGCGACAGUAGCGCCGACUGGCGGCCUGAGCGAGCACUACGAGCAGCAGCACAGUCAGAUGGAGGAGACGGUUCUCAGCUGAUAGUGUGCGGUUGCGGUUGCGGUUGCGGUUGCGUUUGCGGUGUGUAGCGUGAGUGCGCCGAGCGAGCGAUGCGGCGAUGCAGCAGCAGCCAGUGAACGCGUCGCCGGCCGCGACCGGAGCGACCGGCACGGCAACUGCGGCGACCAGCCACGUGAACGGCGGACGGUUCGACUUUGAUGACGGCGGCACCUACUGCGGCGGCUGGGAGGAUGGCAAGGCGCACGGCCAUGGCGUCUGCACGGGCCCCAAGGGCCAGGGCGCCUAUUCCGGCUCCUGGCACUUCGGAUUCGAGGUGUCCGGCGUCUAUACCUGGCCAAGGUAACCCCAUCAUUCCAACCUAGGCUAUAGGUUCUACUUUGACAUUUUUUGAUAAAAUGGCAUAAAAUCU